UGCAUGUAAAUAUUGCACGCGGCCGGCGUUAAAUUAAAUAUUUUUUUAUUAUUUUUGUUCAUUAAUAUGACUAUGAGUGUUCGUUAAUAAUAAUGCAAUCACUAAAGGAUGCAGUGCUUCAAAUAGGCGCUGAUGCGAAAGACCCAGACUUACAGAAAACGUGCAUCGACGUUGGGAAAAAGCUAUGUGAUAAUUUAAUCAACACACCACAAGCUAUUCAGCUUUUAUCAGAACACAUAUUAACUGUUGACAAUGUAAUACACUUCAAGAAAUAUUUGUCCAACAUUCUUUUGGCAUUGGUAUCUACAAAGGUGCCAUUGGCACCUAUUUUCUCUACUUUAAAUUAUGACACUUGCAAUGAUAUGGAGAAGACUAAUCAUUUGGAGUAUUCUAUACUGUUGGCGACAUUAAGUGAUCACCCUGAUGUAUUGCAGUAUGCACUCAAAUAUUUUGAAGUCAAUCCAGUACCACCAUUUGAGAUAUUUUUCCACCAUGAGGACUCCUAUAAUGUUGCACCAAAGAAGAGAAGACUCAAUGAUUGUCGGAAUAAGAUAACAGACGAACAAAUAGUGAAGUGUUGUUAUACACUGCUUUGUAAAUUACCGAAUGAGCUAUCCUGUAAAUGGGAUUGGUCGAAAUUUAUUAGCAACUUCGCUAAUCAUGAUAAGGCUGAAGUCAGAUGGAUGGUAAAAGAAUGCAUGGUGAUCCUUACAAAUAUGACUGAAGUCCAAUCCAAGAACCUAUCUAAUAUUCUAAGUAUACCACUUGAAGUAUCUUAUGAUUGUAUGACUAUGAAACCUGAUGCUGUACAUGGUAUACAAGAAAUUAUCUCUGAUGAGAACUUGGAUUCUAAUAAUGUCGUGAAUAUUGAUGGUAUUCUGCUUCCCAUUCAUAAUAAAGAUCAUGUACAAACCAGUAAAUUAGUUCCUGUCAAGUCUACCACCAACAAUUUGAGGAGUCUGGCAUUAGCUGUUGCUUCAGGUAAAGCCCUUUGCCUCAUGGGGCCAGUAGGGUCAGGCAAGACAUCUCUAGUUGAGCAUUUGGCAGCAAUAACCGGCCGAAAAGGGACGGCGUUUAAGAAGGUGCAGUUGGGUGACCAGACAGACUCCCGGAUGUUGCUGGGUUCCCACCAGUGCACCGACGUGCCGGGUGAAUUUGCUUGGCGACCCGGGGUCUUGACUGAGGCAGUCCAAAAUGGCCACUGGUUGUUGUUAGAAGACAUAGACUGUGCUGCACUGGACGUGGCGUCCACAUUGAGUUCACUCUUAGAGAGAAAUGCCUUGUGUGUUCCCGGAUACAGAGAUUCCUUGCCAGUCACUCCGGGAUUUCAACUGUUUGUCACUCAAAGAACAAUCAUGACAAACUAUGGUUUCCAGAAGAAAAUGUCAAAUUCAAGUACUCUACUCCAAAAACAUCUAACGCAAAUAAAUGUCGAACCUUUAUCUAGAGCAGAACUCAUAGAAAUAAUACAAUCACAAAACCCAAGUCUUUCCACCAUCAGCUCCAAGAUGGUAGAAGUGUUCAUGAUGUUCUCUGUUGGCAGCCAUGACACCUCACUGCAGACGACCGAAAAUCUUAAUACUGAAAAAGACACUAACAUAACAGUUAUACGAGGAUCAAGAUUAAUAUCAACUAGAGAUUUGAUGAAAUGGUGCUCUAGAGCGGUAGUAGGCUUUGACAUUUCUAGCCCAGACUCUGCAACGAAAGUUCUCCAAGAUGCUUUCGAUAUAUUUACUUGCUCAGUAGCUUCACCUGACCAUAGACUAGAGUUAGCAAAAAAGGUCGGUGUACGAUUGGGCAUAGUCGAAACCAAAACCGAAUUUUACUUCAAACAUUACAAGCCUAAUGUAUCACUGAACCCCGUAUCUUUAGAAGUUGGCAGAGCCAAAGUGCCUCGGAUGGAAAAGACUUUCGAAUCAGUUGAUUUUGAUAAUAGACAAGUCGUGUUUUCUUUUACGCGACAAACUGCGUGUUUGUUGGAACGAAUAGCUUGUUGUGUCACUUCGAACGAACCAGUACUAUUGGUGGGAGAAACUGGGACUGGUAAAACAUCUUCUGUCCAGUAUUUGGCAAAACAGACUGGCCACAAAUUAAUCGUUAUUAAUAUGAAUCAACAAUCGGACUCGGCAGAUUUACUUGGCGGUUACAAGCCUGUGGAUAUGAAAUAUGUGAUUAGACCUAUAAGAAAUGAGUUUGAAGUGUUAUUUAGAAGUUUCUACAACGUAGAGAAGAACAAAAAGUUUUUGAAUCACAUUCAAACAUGUUACGACAAUGAGGAUUGGAUAGCGUUAGUGGCCUUGAUGAAGCAAAGUCAUAAAGCAGCGUUGAAUAGGCUGAAGGAGAAGAAAGAUAAAUUAAAAGCAUGGCUGUCUUUUGGUCAUAAACUUUUGAAAUUAGAACAGCAAAUUCGGUCGGACGCUAGACUAACAUUUGCGUUCAUUGAAGGAUCUUUGGUGAAAGCAAUGCAAGAAGGCCAUUGGGUAUUACUGGACGAAAUAAACUUGGCAUCGGCAGAGAUAUUGGAAUGCCUCGCGGGAUUAUUAGAGGAUAAAGAUGAGACUAUAGAUUUAUUAGAGAAAGGUGAUAAGGUUCCUAUCAAAAGGCACCCAGAUUUUACAUUAUUUGCGUGUAUGAAUCCCGCUACUGAUGUCGGAAAGAAAGAUCUGCCUGUAGGAUUGAGGAAUCGUUUCACCGAGUUUUUUAUUGACGAGUUGACCGAGCGGAAUGACUUGAUGUUAUUGAUUGGCGAUUAUUUGUAUCACAUGAAUCUUAGUGGAGCAGUGUUGGAGUCCAUUUAUAGCUUCUACGCGAAUGUUAGGAAGGAAGCCAAGUUGAAUCUAGUCGAUGGUGCAGGUAAUGCCCCGCACUACUCGCUGCGCACGCUGUGCCGCGCGCUGUGGUCGGCGUCCCGGGCGAGGUGCGGCAGUGUGUCGCGGUCGCUGUACGAAGCGUUCUGUCUGUCCUUCCUCACGCAGCUGGACCGCCGCUCCCAUCCCGUCGUCGAGGCUAUGGUCGCCAAGGCCGUCCUUGGAAAGAAGAACAUUAAAACUGUCCUCAAUCAACUCAUCCCGGAACCUCAAGUUGCCGGUCAGAAUUACCUACUAUUCGAAGGACAUUGGAUUCCUCAAGGAAAACUUGAUAUCGCUAUACCAGAGGGAUACAUUUUAACCCCGACUGUCAAAAAGAACCUUCGAGAUAUCGCACGUGUCAUCUCACUAGGGCGUCUUCCAAUUUUAUUACAAGGCGACACUUCUGUAGGAAAAACGUCUCUAAUAACGUAUAUAGCAAAGGCUUCAGGAAAUUAUUGCGUGCGUAUAAACAAUCAUGAACAUACUGAUCUACAGGAAUACAUAGGUUCUUACGCUACUGACGCCAGUGGUCAAUUGGUUUUCAAAGAGGGCGUGUUAGUCGAAGCGAUGAGAAAGGGAUAUUGGAUUAUCUUAGACGAGUUGAAUUUAGCUCCAAGUGACGUGUUGGAAGCCCUAAAUCGAGUGCUAGAUGAUAAUAGGGAACUGUUUAUCCCAGAAACACAACAAGUCGUCAAAGCUGACCCUAGCUUCAUGUUGUUUGCUACUCAGAAUCCGCCAGGGCUGUAUGGAGGACGAAAAAUGUUGUCCAGAGCGUUUAGAAAUAGAUUUGUCGAAUUGCAUUUCGAUGAAAUACCGAGGAAAGAAUUGGAGAUUAUUUUGCAUCAGAGAUGUCAUGUACCUCCAGCGUAUAGUAAGAAAAUGAUUGCUGUCAUGGCAGAGUUGCAAGUCAGGAGACGUGGCUCGGCCGCAGUUCAGGGGAAAGAUGGCUUUAUAACUUUAAGAGACUUAUUUCGAUGGGGCCAAAGAUACAAGCAUGCUUCCAAAGAAAUAUUGACUGAAGAAACCUUUUACGACUGGGACCAGCAUAUAGCUGAUGAGGGAUAUCUAAUCUUAGCUGGUAAAGUGAGACAAACUGAUGAAAGAAGUAUUAUAGAAGAGGUUAUUGAGAAACAUAUAAAAAGGAAAGUUCAUCCUGAUAAUUUGUUCACACUUAAUCAGACAACGUCACCGGUGACCAAAUCUAUUUUAGAGACGGUACUGAAUAACCAAUUAGAAGAGUUUUCUCAUGUAGUUUGGACAUAUAAUAUGAGGCGAUUGGCAGUUCUUAUAGCUAAGGCGUUUAAUUUCGACGAACCCGUACUUUUAGUUGGUGAAACGGGUUGCGGGAAAACCACUAUAUGCCAAGUCCUUGCAGCUCUUACGCGUCGGAAACUUCUAUCAGUCAAUUGUCAUAUGCAUACAGAAAGUUCCGAUUUUCUUGGAGGUCUUCGACCAGUGCGCCAGUACAAAAAUGAUGGUAGAUUAUUUGAAUGGGUAGAUGGACCUUUAAUUAAAGCAAUGGAAGGCGGAGACAUGUUUUUAGCUGAUGAAAUCUCCUUAGCCGACGAUAGUGUCCUAGAGAGACUCAACUCUUUGCUAGAACCUGAAAGACAAUUGGUCCUAGCAGAAAGAAGUACGAAUAACGAUAACGAAAUAGUCGUAAUAACGGCUCAUAAAAACUUCCAUAUAAUUGGAACUAUGAAUCCAGGAGGUGAUUUCGGUAAAAAAGAACUUUCACCAGCUCUCAGAAACAGAUUUACGGAAAUAUGGUGUGACAGUGUGACAUCCAGAGAAGAUUUACUCAAAGUGUUAGAGAAAAGCGUAAGCAGAGGUAUCUCCCUUGGUAAUCAGGAAGAUGGUAGUUCAGGAAUUGGCAAUUCCAUUUUAGAUUUCACUGAUUGGCUGAAGCACUCUGAGGUGACUAACAAGUUUCCGUUUAGUAUUCGCGAUUUGCUGUCGUGGGUGAAUUUUAUAAAUGCGACUGUUUCCAAAGGUCUUUUAGACACGCCUGAAGCGUACGUCCAUGGCGCUUCUAUGACAUUUUUGGAUUGUUUCGGAACAGCUUUAACCGGUCAUAUAGAUUCAGAGACAUUAGUGUUAGUGCGUCAAACAGCUAUCAACUUUUUACUAAAACAGAUAGAGACUAUCGGAAGCGAGUAUACAGAUAAUUUAAGAGAAAUGCUAAGUAAUAGAAGAACGGUUUUCACAGCAGAAUCGGAUGGGCAGAAAUUCGGAAUGAAACCUUUUUAUAUAGAUAUAGGGGGUCACACUGAGUCAACAGAUCAGCAAUUCACCUUCACGGCUCCAACGACUGGGUCGAAUACAUUGCGUCUACUACGCGGUCUUCAACUGAAUAAGGCUAUUCUUUUGGAAGGCAACCCUGGAGUAGGAAAAACUAGCUUAGUGACAGCCCUAGCAAAAUCAUCAGGGCAUAAAGUUAUCCGAAUCAACCUGAGUGAUCAAACGGAUAUAACAGACUUAUUCGGAACUGACUUACCAACAGAAGAUGGGUCAUUCACUUUUAAAGAAGGUGCGUUUUUGAACGCAUUACAAAAUGGCGAUUGGAUUUUAUUAGACGAAUUAAAUUUAGCACCUCAACCAGUACUAGAGGGCCUCAACGCUUGUCUGGAUCAUCGAGGGGAAGUUUUUAUUCCAGAGUUAGGGAAAACUUUCAAAGUCAAAGGACAAACAAGAUUGUUCGCCUGUCAAAAUCCAUUGAAACAAGGUGGGGCAAGACGGGGACUUCCCUUAUCAUUCCUCAACAGAUUUACCCAAGUUUACAUCGACACUUUGACCAAACAUGACCUUAUAUACAUCGUUGAAGCACAAUACUCGAGUCUACCUAAAGAUAUUUUGCUUAAAAUUGUGGAAUUCAACUGCAAAGUCGCACACGAAGUUACUGAGAUCCAAUCUUGGGGUCACAGGGGAGGACCUUGGGAGAUGAACCUGAGAGACAUACAAAGAUGGUGUGAAGCUCUUACUGAAGAUCAGAAUAAAGGAAAUGAAUUACACCCUGGAAAGUACAUCGAUAUGCUGUACGUCAACCGCAUGAGGACUGCCGAAGAUAAGGAUAAGAUGAUACAAGCUUAUAAUUUAGUCUUCUGUCCAGACUACCCUAGAAGCGAUCCUACACCACAAUUUCUUAUAACAGAUCAAGAGAUAGUUUUAGGAAACGUUUCUAUUCAUAGAAACAACGAGAAAUAUUCCAAAAACCGUCAUUCUAUGGAAAAUAAUUUGCUUAUAUUAAGACAUCAGCUGCCUACGUUGAAAGCCUUAGCUCAGUGUGUCAAUAUGAAUUGGCUGUCAAUUCUAGUUGGCCCAACCGCUACUGGGAAAAGUAGCAUUGUGCAAGUACUCGCAGACUUAACCGGGAAUGACCUUCAAGUGAUCCCUGUGACGUCAGCAAUGGAUGUGUCAGAUUUAUUAGGUGGAUUCGAGCAAGUAGACUUGAAUAGGAAUCUUGAAAAUUUGUAUGAUAAACUUGAGACUUUGACAAUGCAAGUCGUGCAGUUCCGAUGGAUUCUCGAUAAAGAUAAUCGAUAUUCGGCAAAUACGUUACUCAGUCAGCUGUGUCGAUAUAGGUCUACACAAUCGAAUAGUACCAACGAUAAUACUAAUGUUGGUGAUUUCAAAGAAAAGAUUCAAUUCUUGUUAAAUCAUUGUGAGUCACUGCUUGAACGUAAAGCUUUUGUUAGCAUAGCUUACGGUAUUGUUUUGAAUAAGGUCCAAGAAGUAAAGUCUAGUUUAAAGAAAUUGGAAACUAAAAUUGAUAUAUCAUCAAUAAAUGCUGGCGGCAAAUUUGAGUGGAUAGACUCUUUGUUAGUCAAAACUAUGAUGGAGGGCUCAUGGUUGUUACUUGACAAUGUCAACUUGACUUCAGCUGCAGUUCUAGAUAGACUGAAUGGCCUAUUAGAGCCUAACGGUGUUCUGAGCAUACCUGAGAGAGGUGAAAUAAGUGAAAUAAAGCCGCAUGCAAACUUCAGAGUUUUCUUUACAAUGGAUCCAAAGUAUGGAGAAAUUUCUAGAGCUAUGAGGAAUAGAGGAGUGGAGAUAUUUUUGUUGCGAUCGGAAGAGUGGAACGUAAAUUUGUUGGACACUAUGCCUUAUAUGGAUCUGACUGCUCUUUUGUCUUCCGUUGGUAUGCCUCAAGAGUACCACGAAAUAUGUAUCAAGUGCCAUGAGCUGAUGGGAUCAUUCGUACAGGGAUUUGAUCGUCCAACCAUCACACAUUUACUUCAAGCAACACAUUUGACAUGGCAGCAAUUAGUACGUGCUAUACCAUUUAAAAGAGCAAUCGUCAAUAGCUUUGCAGACGUCUACAUAAAGCCAAGAUGCGGAGCAGAUUUUGCUUCUAACAUCAACAUGUCACUGGCUGAAAUGAAAAAUACUAUGUUGAGAGCGUUAGAGAAAGAAUUAGAACUAAUUGAGGAUAGUGUUCUAAAAACAAAUGGCGCCAAACACACAUUGACAGUAAAAGGUCUUUGCGCAGAUUCUGAGUUUGAAAUCUGCCAGCAAAGUUCAGACGCUAUUAUUCAAAGUAUGAACAAUAAAUGGAAUUUCAUGUUCACUCUAUUCGUAACACACACAAAAUUUCCAUGCAAAAAUAUCAAUUGUUUGCAUAAACUCUUAAAAACAGCUGUAGCGACAAAUCCACAAGAAAAGUAUUUAUUACGAUUUCUCGAAUCCAAUUGCCCGGGUCUAUUUGAUUAUAGCAAUAAGCUGUUUAUCAAAAGAUUUUAUCCAGAGUUUUACAAACUGACUGAUAAGUCUGUAAGGAAAUCAAACCUCGAUACUCUUGUGCUUUACAAUGAAAUAACAAAAAAUCUAGUCGAUGAUAAUUCCAAAUUAUCUGCCAUAUCCUAUUCGCAAAGCGUUGAAUUAAGGCACGGUGCAGGCCCAAAUAAAUGGCCCACGAUAAACGAGACUCAAAACUAUCCUAUAUUACAAUUAUGUGAUCGUUACUUAAAAGAGAUAGAUGCCACUAUUAAAACAUGUAUGUUACGGGCCGAAGACUCCUUAGACGAUGAGUCGACGUGUCAUAUCAUGCAGCUACUUAAUUGGCGAAAGAGAUUCAUAAAUGUAUGUUCUACAGAUUUUCUAAUAGUUCACCGCAAAAAUAGAAGGUACACAAUGAAUGAAGAAAUAGUUAAAUUGAUCUAUGUCCAUAGUAAAUGGUUGAAGAAACACUUAAUAGGAGAACUAUUUAAAAAUGUAUCAAAUAAAGAAGUCGUAGAUACCUUUAAUUUACUUUAUGAAGCUACAAUUUUAGACGAUGAUAGAGACAACGUAGAAAUGGCUAAAAUCAGUAAAAAGUUGCGAAAGCUCUAUGGUCAGCCGAAAUUGUACGCAAAUGAGGAAGAAUUCAAUUUCUAUCAAAAUAAAGCUGACGAGAUCAAUACAUUAACGUUAGAUAUGAAUCAACCUCUUUCGAGACAAUUACAUAAAUUGUCAAAGGAUGUCGUUGCUAUAAAUGGAGAUGGGUUAGCUGUUGAAGAUGUUGAUAUGUCAGAAACUCAAUCAAAGGUUGAUCAUAAAACAAAACUAAUACCAUUCAGUUCCUACAUAUUGUAUAGAAUGUUAGGUGUAAUGCAAAGAGAUCUUUUGUUAAUAAUACAAAACCUAUGUAAGGAAGAGGAAUUAAAGCGUAGGGGUGAUUUGGUGGAGGUAUUGACUUACCUAGUGAAUGUUAGUAAGAGGACAAAAGGAUUCCCUCCUACUUUGACUAACACAUUGGAAGUUUUGCAAAAGUUAGUUGCUGAUCUUGAAGUAGCUGAGUUGAGAAUGCAUUCAAUCCCUGUGAAGUUCUGGGAUGAAUUGUACAAAAACUUAGUAUAUUCCCCGGCGUUAUAUUCAUUUGCGUUCUUUAAUAUCAACAAAAUGUCCGGCGAAGACUGUUUGGAAGUAGUGCCCUCUAGCGGAAAAAGAAUGUCAUCUAACCUUGCUCUUCUGCCGCAUUUUGUGCAAGCUAUGACGCUAUCCAGUAAUGAACUCGAUUCCCGCCAUUUGUUGGCCUACGAGACUGUAUCACUGGAGGAGCUUGACAGUUACUCUUCGCAACUGGAGUCGGUGCUCAACAUCAUUUGGAGGAACAUUGCCACUUUGGACACUGCCGCUGUUUUAAAAGUGAAAUCUGAUGCCCAAUUUGAGAUAAAGAAAUUUGAGCAGCUUAUUAGCUCCUUACAGUUAGCUAUGAAAUUAAAGGGAUCCAGUGUCACAGACAUAAUCCAGAAGAUAACGAAUGAUUUCAAAGGGGACAGCUCAUUCACAGACAUGUUGGUAGAGGCACAAACGAUUUUCAAAGAACUUUCUAGAACAUCGCUCCAUACUUCCAACACAAUGAAAGUAAAGAUAUUGAUUGCAGAAUUGUCGCUACUGACAAGUUUGCUGUUCAUCAGAAUGAUGGCAGAAAUGAAGCCUGUGGAUCAUGUUGAGAAAUACCGCCUCAAAGUUAAAUAUAUUGAAGAGGAUAUUGAAAUGUUCGAAGUGUUACUAAGCACUUACUACAUCCACGGUGUAGUUAGUGGCAGCAUAGUUGAAAAUAGGGAUGUCAAGGCUCCUUCAGAUGUAAAGGUUGAGAGUUUGAACGAGAAUAGGGAAAUUUUGAAAAAGAUACAUCCUUAUUGUGGAGUGUUGUUUAAGUUGAAACAAAGUACAGCGGAUAAAGUGCAGAAAUAUGCGUCAGGAAACACAUUUAGGCCUGAGACUCCUACAUAUAGCAGCUUUGUGAAGGAUUGCAGUCAUUUUACAAAGUCUGUAUUAUCACCAAAAACCACAAAGGAUUUAGCUACCAACCUUCUCACAGCUUGCAACGCCUUACACGACAUCUUACAAAAGAAAAUUCACGACAAAACAACUAUACAAAACGCGCAAACCAUAUCCAAAGAAGCUUCCUCUUGGCUGUAUUCCGUCAACGCAUUUUAUAAAAAAAUCGAGACAUAUUCAGAGGCUUUCCCAGAUUUGGCGAAACCUUUACGAAGUUCUAUUUCGCAACUAGUAUAUAGCGUGACGUCGCUGAAUGAUUUAGUACGAGAGAUGAUUGUGAAAAUAGAACAGGGGUCGAUUUUGAAAGAAACCGUGAAUGACUUGAUGGUGUAUCCGGAUAGUAUACCCAGGAGGGAUCGCAAGCAAGAAUAUUUCAAUAGAUUCAUAAAAGAACAGUUUGUCAAUUUAUUGAAUAAGAAUGUCAUGGCGGUGGGCGAUGAUUCGUUCAGUGCUGAAUCUGAAAACAUUGCGGUACUAAAAAUGAAUCUAUCAGAGUUGAGUAUGAGAUGUUACGCAGCAGAAUCCGUCGACUCCACCUCUUUUCAGUGUGUGUUGAGCACAUUGAGUUCGCUUGUAGGGGCCUGGGAGAAACAGAAUCGGGAGAUUGAGCUAAAGAAGCAGGAAGAUGAUGCUCUUUACGUUACUAAAUCAAAAUGCGAAGAUGAAGACGAUGAUGCGAUAGCAGCGCAAGAGAUAACAGAAAUGUUCCCUUCCUACACCGAAACUGACUUCGGAGAGUUCAAACCACCAACGCUGGAACAGAAAACCAAAACACAGACCAUAGACAUUAAAAAUAAACCUAAUCUUCUCAUAAGUCCCGAAGAUAUCUCCUUAGUUUACGAAUGGCAUUCGAAUUUCGUCCGUAACAUGACGGCAGCUGAGUGGUUACGCAGCUCGAAGAAAGUGCUCAGUUCCGAUGUGGUAAAACCUUUAAUGCAGAGGUAUCCCACAUUUAGUCGUGUAAUGCAGAAUGCGUGGGAAGCGCUUGACGCGGACUUUGAAGGCGCAAUGUCACCGAGCUUGUUGGUUCUGAUUUCCAGAAUCAAGGAGAAUGUUGAAGGAACUGAAUCUGGCCAAAGGGUAGAUUUCUACCGGUCGCCGUGGGUGUCCGAGACGCGUCAGUGCGUGCCUCUGUUGCACAGAGUCAAACACGCCACUAACUUGUUGCUCGACCAGUGGCCAGACUUCCCCACGCUCAAAGACAUAAUAAUAAUAGUGAACAGGAUCCUCAGCUUCCCUGUGUCGAGUCCCGUGUCCCGUCUUCUGACCGGCCUAGAGCUCCUACGGGACAAGGUAGAGGAGUGGAACAAGAACGCCCACAAGGGGAACAACAUGAUUGACAUAUCGUUGGCCGUGGGACAGCAGAUCAUCAAUUGGAGGAAGCUGGAGAUGGCACAUUGGAAGGAGUGUCUCAAUAAUUUGUACAAUAGAAAGCGCUCAGAAGCUCAUAGAUAUUGGUUCUACCUUUACUCCGUAAUAAACUCGUACUUGGACCCGAAUGCUCAAGAGCCAGCGACCCCCAUUCGAGUCAUCACCGUGCUGAAAGAUUACAUGGAGAUGUCCAAUUUGGUGGAAUACGAAGUUAGGCUGGAUAUUAUCUAUGUAUAUCACUGCCAUUUGGUGCAUUUGGAGGCAACUGAGAGAAGAAACGAACUCCUUUCCAUUCUAUGGAACACGUACAACUACUAUACUCAGUUCAGUGCUCAAGUUGCUUCCCACCUGAAAGAGAAACGAGCGCCUAUAGAGAAGAAACUGAAGGAUUUCGUCAAAAUCUGCACGUGGGAUCGCGACCUUAGCUACUGGAGUGUUAAGGACACUGUCGAUAAGGCGCAUAGGGCACUACAUAAACAGACCAAGGAGUUUGAGAAUCUGCUAAAAGAAUCGGUGAGCAGCUGUCUAAUAGACAAGAGUAGUGACGUGGGCACAGAUCACGUGGGCAUCUGGGACCGGCCCAAGCGGGCCACAGCGUCGUCCGCGGCCGCGGGGGGCGCCUACCUCGUCGACCCGCAGCAUUACUUGCUGCAGGCGAGGAUGGUCAAGAAAUACCUGGACCAAUCGGAGCAACCCAAUGCGUCAUUGCCAGAAGGCGCGCUGCUGUCGAAAGUGAUAAGCUUGCUUAACAAAGCGAAGACGUUGUGCAAAGAUACUAUGACGAAUGCCGGUUAUCCUGUCCUGGUGCAGGCUCUGGACGACUUUGUGACGCAAGUCAUUGAAACUAGCACGCAUUUGGGGUCUUUAGAGGUGGACUCAACCCUGCCAAAAGAGAAACAAACAUCACAAGCCAAGAACAUAAUGCAGCAGAAACGGAAAGCGGUGGCUGACCUGUUCAAGUACCUCACGAAGAUGGGUCUCAACCACCGCACUGGUCUGGUCAUAUUGUCUACCGCUGACCAGCUUUAUGAUUUCACUAUACCGCCGGUGGAUUUCGACGCCGCUAUUCAGUAUUUGAAGAAUAGACGCUGCGACGCCUCAUUGUCUCUCCUCUGGUCGGGCUGUGAGCAGUACUUCCAGAAGAAUAUCGCCCGCCACAGACAGCUGACGUCCGCGUUACAAUCACCACACCAAGACCUGGGCAUGCAGAAUAUUGAGAGGUGCAAGGGGUUCGCCGCACAACUGAUGAAAUUAAUGAACACUCAAAAGAGAUCAAUAUCUAAGUACUCGAGAUAUCUCUGCGAAUUGCGCACAUUGACCACACACCUCACGAACGCCUUAGAGAUAGAUACCACUGGAGCAAACAUACUGACAGUUAAUCAGAAACUUGACAUCCUAGCAGAUUGCUAUGCAAACACUUGCAUAUUGCUGGAUCAGUUCAGUGUCGUACUUAAAUCUCUACCAGAACAUACGUUAAAUUCAGACCAGCAAGCCGAAUUUGAUAAUGUUCUGUCAAGAUCUCCAAUAACAAAAUGCUACAAAAACAGCGAGGAAUGGCGAGAGCUGUACAAAAAAGUUAAAGCAUUGAUAAAAUUAGUGGACAAGGAGAAAAAUACACUAAAUAAAUUAGUUAAUAGCAUUCCAAAGAAAAUUGGAAAUAACAGUAUAGAUAAUGUACCAGUGAUAUCUCAAAGUCAUAUUGCUGCUGCAAAUGAAUCUAAAUCUAGUUUAGAAAGUAUCUUAAAUGACGUCACCGAUUUGAUUAAUGAGUAUCAAUUUAAACUAAAGAUAUGUAUUGAUGAAGAUUACGUGCCACACCAUCCAGUAUUGAAAAGUAUAGUCAAAUUAUCAGAUUAUCUUCGAGAAACGAUCAGCAAUAUCAAUAAAUUGGACGAAUGUAAAGACAUUUCUAUGGAAGAUGAAGUUAAUGUAGAGGAUUUAGUGAAUCUAACGGAAGACUUGCUAGCAACAAUGUUGUUGAUAAUUCAAUCGAUAUAUAAAAAUCAUUUGCCUGAAAUUUCUGACAAUGUUCUGGAAGCGAUCGAUGAAAUCAUUGAAAGUGCAGAAAAAGAUAAAGAAGAACACAAAGAUAUUCUUGAAGACAAACAUUUGAAAGAACUCUUGCAAGAUAAACUUAGCCAUGAUACGAAACUGCUUCAGUUGGAUACUCUUAUAAAGAAAAUUAAUGUGGUGUUGGUAAAUUAUGUUCAGUAUUUGACGACUAAAGUAGAUGUAGAGGAAGGCAAGGAUGCUGUGAUGAGAUUGGUGCCAAUAUUGGAGCAAACUGUGUUGUUUGUCCAAUAUUUCAUAACGCAGAAAGUGGCGGUACAUCGUGUUUCUUGUAAGAUGCUGUCAGUUUUGUUGAAGAUCUUUUCGGAUUUGGCUACAAAAGGGUUCUGUCGUCCAGCAGACAUGGAGGAGGAAGGUGAAGGUGAAUGCGGGGCGGGGAAUCUGUCCGGAGGCACCGGGCUCGGCGCCGGGGAGGGGCAGACGGACGUCUCCGACAGGAUCGAGAACCAGGAUCAACUAGAAGAUGCGAGCAGGCCAGGGGAAGAAAAGAAGGAAGAAGAUAAAGAUUGCAAGGAAGAGGAGAAAGGAAUCAAUAUGUCUGAUGACUUUGAUUCUCAUCUACAAGAUGUUGACAAAAAGGAAGGUGAUGACUCCGAACAAGAAGAUGAUGACAAUGACGCCGACAAACAAAUGGGCGAUAUCGAUAACGCUGCUGAAAAGCUGGAUCAACAAAUCUGGGGUUCUGAAGACGAGGAAGAAUUAGAAGAGGAGCAGCAGAAAGAGAAAGAAGAACGCGGCAAAGGAGAGAGCACGGGAGAGAAAGAGAUGGCUGCCAAACAAGAAGAACAGGGCACAGACGACGGAGACGAAGGGAAAGAUAGAAAGAAAAAGAAAGAUUUCAAUGAAAUGGAAGAGCCAGAAAUUGACGAUGAUCAUGUGGAUCCGUACCACGGAAAUCAACAACAACAACCGGAAGCGGAAGACUUCGAGAUGCCGGAGAAUAUGGACGUGGAUGGCGACGACAACGACGGUGACGAUAACGGGGAUGGUGAAACAGAAACAGAGAAUCCUUUCGAAAUCAAAGCUCUACCGGAAGAAACGCCUGACGAGGGCGAUGAAGAUAAUAAAGAUAACGGAGAAGAAGGCAAAGACAAUAGAAACGGGCUAGACGUAUCCAGUGAUGAAGACGGUGAAGGUGAUGAUGAUAAGGAGAAAGGGACAGAAGAACAGGAAAAAGAAGGAGAAGAAGAUAAGCCAAACCUCGACGAACAACCCGGAGAAGAACAAGAAAACAAUGACAUUUCCGAAAACCCAGAAGAAACUCCAGAAAAUGAAGGACCUGAAGCCGAAACAGAAAAACAAGAAUUACCUAAAAAUCCAGAGAAAUUGGAAGAGGACGAAAUACAAGAACAGAAAGAGAGAGAAGCUAAUCCUCAAGCGAAUCCGUCUAAUAAUGAUCCGACGGCGGAGGAUAGGGCGCAGAAUGCUGAGAUGGACCGCGGUACUGACGAUAAUGUUGAAACGAAUGCCGAGCAGAGUAAAGAUGAAGAAACUGCGCCUUAUGAACAAGCUCAAGAGCAAGUUGGAGAAGAGAACCAAACGCAGGGUCGUUCGGAACUGGACAAGAGUGAGAAGGGGCACAGAGGAGAGAAACAGGCCGCGAGUAAAUCUCAGGGUCAGAGGGAACAGAAGAAACAUGAGAACAAACCCGGCAGGACUGAUGAAAAUAGGAUAUUGGGCGAUAUGAACGAGAAGAAGAACAAACAAAUGCAGACUCUGAACGUGGAAGAAGAUGAAGCUAUGGAAGAGGGCGGGGAGAAUCAGGAUGAUGGAGAAAAAGAUGCAGAUGCUUUCCAGCACGUUAAGCAGGCGAAGAAGGACGAUUUACAGGCUGUAGACGCAGCGACCAAGGAGCAAGCGGAACAACAGCCAACCUUACAACAAGAGAACGAAGACGCUGAUGAACUCAAAAAGGAUGAAGAAGUACCCAUGGAUGUCGACGAUGAGGAUAUUCAGGUUGAUAAAUCCGAAGAGUUGAAACCAGAGAAAAUAAAAGAGGGCGCAGAGAAGGAUAAAGAGAAAUCUGGAAAUAAGAAGGAGGGUGGGGAGGAGCCCACAGGGGAGACUGGGGUCGAAGUGGAAGGGGAGAAAGUGGACACCGUGACUGUCGAAAGGGGCAAAGAUACUACUUACCAUACGAGACUGGAAGAAAGCCAGCAUCAAUCGGAAGACAUAACUGUAGAAGAGUACAUGAGCAUUCGCUCGUGGCUUCAGAAGCCGGCGGCGCAGUCGGGGUCAGCGACCGCCGUGUGGCGCGGACUCUGGCAGCAAUCUGCGCACGCGGCGCGGGCCUUGUGCGAACGGCUGCGGCUGGUUCUCGAGCCCACUGGACGAUCUAGGAGAGCAGGCGACUACCGCACCGGUCGCGCAAUAAACAUGCGGCGCGUGAUCGCGUACAUCGCGUCUCAGUUCCGCAAGGACCGCAUCUGGCUGCGGCGCAGCAGACCCGCCCAGCGGCACUACAGCAUCGCUAUAGCCGUCGACGACUCCAGCUCCAUGGCCGACAACAGGAGCAAAGAGCUCGCCUUCGAGAGCUUGGCGCUGGUUUCACAGGCACUCAACCUUCUCGAAUCAGGUGAUCUAGCGGUCCUGAGUUUCGGCGAAAACCCGAAUCUCCUCCACCCGUUCACGGAGCAGUUUUCAGAACAUUCCGGAUCGAAGAUUCUAGAACAAUUACGUUUCGAUCAAACGAAGACCAAAAUAGCACAGUUAUUAGAUUUUUGCACGGUUUUGUUUGAAGAGCAGACUGUAAGGAGCGACGCUAUCAAUGCUAAGUUGUUGGUGGUCGUUAGCGAUGGAAGGGGGAUAUUCUCUGAAGGGGAGACCAGGGUCCUGCAAGCUGUGAGGAGGGCGCGGCAGCAAGGAAUCUUCUUGGUCUACGUCAUCAUCGACAACCCUGAUAAUAAGGACUCCAUAAUGGACAUCAGGCGACCCCUCAUGGACCCAACAACGAAUAGUCUCGCAGGCUUCGUGCCAUAUCUCGACACAUUCCCGUUCCCCUUCUAUCUGAUCCUUCGGGACAUAUCUGCGUUACCCAAUGUAUUGGGAGAUGCUCUGAGGCAGUGGUUCGAAUUGGCUGCGAACACUAGCUAAUUAGAUUUUUUUUUUACAAUAAGUAAUUUCUAUGUCUGCAGUUUUUAUCACAGAUGCAAUAAAAAUAUAUACAAGAAUUUGUGAUAAAGAUGAAACAAAAUGUCGAAAAAAAAAAUGUUUUCUAUCAUUAUUGUUCAAUCAGA